GAGAGGAGGAGACUGUUGGCUGUCGCGCGUAACGACGUUGUUGUUGUUGUUGUUGUUACUGGCGACGUUCGUUCACGGGGACGAGAACGUAUCGGACGCGAUAAGGUCGCUGCGGGAGCAAGUGAACGCUCUUCUCGAUCACCGGCAGCAGGAUUACAACGCUCUCGAGGCGAGUUUGAAGCGCGCGAUCGAGAAGAACACCGAGCUGUUUGUCCUAAAGAACGAGAUCAAACAGCUGAGGAUCUCUCUGCUCUCUGGUUGGGGGCGGGGUGUGUUCUCGUUCUCAGAAAGGAAGUGAGCUCGCUGCGCGGCGGUAACGGAAACGAGGCGAAGAACGAGAGGUUGCGCGUGAGAUGGCUGGGGAGCGCGGUCACCGAGCUGAAAGGGGAGAUCGCCGAAGUGCUGCGGACGAGGAACGCGAGCGAGGAGCUUGCCGAGAGGUCCAGGAUGAAAGGCGAGCUCGCCCUGUUGAAGGGGGACGUGGCCGCCGUUGGAAGAGGAAUCCGAAAUCUCGGCGGCAGAAUCGCCAAGAUCGAGGCGGUCCUCGGUACCAUUCGCGUCGACAUCGCCGCGGUGAAAGAACGCUUUAGCCUGCUGUUUCGCACCUGCGCCGACAUUGCCAGUCAGUUGAGCUCGAUUCAAAUCGAGGUGAAGUCUCUUCGGUGCGAGUCGUUCUCGACCGAGCUGGCAAAUUCGGCGGUUCAAUCACGGCGGCCGACCAGGGGCGGAGAGGAAGAGGGGGCAGCAGAGAAGAGAGGCAAGGAAGAGGAAGCAGAGAGAAGGACGACAGUGACGGUGGCCUCUCGGCGUAGGUUCGCGAGGAAGCGUGCUACCGGCCGCGGAUACUGGAAAAGGAAGGAGGGGCAGCAUGGGACGCGGCUGAAGGAAGGAUACGAUCGUUUGAAGAGCCUCGAGCGUAAGGUGUUGCUGGCGGCGCAGAGGCGGACGUCGUUGGAGAAGCGUGUGGCCGCGUGCGAGAGUCUCGGGCACGAAUGGUCGGCGGGAGUGAAAAGUUUGGGCAGGCGAGUGAAAGCUUUGGAGAGGGAUCAGGUGGAGCUGGCCGGCAGGAUCUCGAACGUGACGGAGAGUGGCGAAGGCGAGUCGCUCCUCGCGAGGAGGAAGGAGGAGGCGAACGAGUCGCAGCUGGGAGGAUUCGUCGACUCGUUGCGAUCGUUGGAGAACGCGAUGGAGGCGAACAAUUCGUUGACGAGGCGAGAGUUGACGCGGCUCGGUAUAAACGCCGCUCGGAAAGGGGCCGAGUUGUCGUUGACCAGGGAGGAGCUGAGCAACCUGCGACGCACCGUGCAGGCGUUGAGCGUCAGCGCGUCCAAGCUGCAGGAGAGGAGCGACAGACACGAGGAAGCGAUCGAUCGACUGAUCAACGGGGCUGUUGGACUUUCGUCGUCGUCGUCGUCGUCGUCGAGCAACGUCUCGAACGAGGACGAGACGUUGCUGUUCUCGAGUUUCCAACAGCUGGAGGAUCGGUAUCACCUGAUCGGCAGCAAUCUGACCGGCGACUGCGAGCCAACGAGCACGGAGGACGAGCCGGCGGACGGGCUGCGACUUUUGGAGGUGGGAGGCAGCAGCAGCAGCAGCAGGCCGAUGUUGGUGUUUUGCCGCAAAGGUUGGAUCGUGGUGGCGCGUCGCGUGGACGGAAGCCUGGACUUCGACCGGAACUGGCGCGACUAUUCCCUCGGGUUCGGCUCGCCCGUCAGCGAGUAUUGGAUCGGCAACCAAGUCCUUCACAGGCUGACCACCACCACCGACGACGAUUGCACCAGCCUUCGAGUCGACAUGACGGACAUUUACGGGGAACGUUGGCGCGCCGAGUACCAGUCGUUCAGGGUCGAAUCCGAGGAGACCGGCUACAGGCUGCAGGUUCGCGGCUACUCUGGCAACGCGACCGACGCCCUCUCCUAUCAAAACGGAAUGGCUUUCAGCGCGAAAGAUCGGGACAUGGACGCGAGCGCGACUCACUGCGCGAGAAACUACCGCGGCGGAUGGUGGUUCAGUCGAUGUCAACACGUUAAUCUCAAUGGGAAAUACUCGCUGGGCCUUACGUGGUUCCGGUCCGACACUAAUCAAUGGAUGUCCAUCGCUUCGUCCGAAAUGUCGGUACGCAGGAACUUUGACUGUCGUCGUCGUCGUCGUCGUCGUCGUCGUCGUGGUCGAUCGCGAUGA